UUUUCGCGGAUGCACAUUGUAAAUAAAUCAAUUGCAAAAAAUCAAGCAAAACAGAAAAAUAUUAAUUAUAGUGUAAUGGAGCUAAAUGGAUUUGUCGGACGUGGUCGAGGUGUCUCAACAAAUGUUCCUGAAUCGGAACUUAUAGAACAAGUGAAGCAGAGACCGUUAUUAUAUGAUAAAAACGUGAAAGAUUACAGAAAGCCAGGCAUAUCUGAACAGGCAUGGAUGGAAGUAGCGAAUGUUUUACAAACAACAGUCACAAAUUGCAGAAAGCGAUGGAAAUCAUUAAGAGAUACAUUCAUUAAAUAUUAUCGAUUAGAUGUAAUAAACAGGAAGAAUGGCAAGAAAAACAGGAAAACUUGGGUCUAUUACUCAGAUCUAGCAUUCUUAAUUCCACAUGUCGACCUAUAUAGACUCGAUGAUAGUAUGAAAGGAAAUGAGAGUAGUCAUAGUGACACAAUAUAUAUGAAGGAGGACUAUUUAGAGGCAGACGACAAGCAUAUAUACUUUACACAAGACGAAACAACAGAGAAUGACGAUAGUGUAACAUACCAAAUAAAAAUAGCUAAAGGAUAUGAUGAAGAACAUAUUUCCGAAAGUAUAGAGGAAGAUAAUUUAUUGGAAGGACAUUAUGUUGAGGAAAGACUUGACGAUAGUGCGAUUAUGGACCUAGAAGAUCAAGUUGUGGUCAACAAAGUCAUGCAAAAAUUAGAAACUAAUGAACACACAUACAUGGUAAUAGAACAGGCAAGCGAGGAGUCAAUAAAGGAAUCAGAACUUGAAGAUACAAACAGUUCCUAUCACCAGCAGUCAUUUAAAACAGAAAAUUUAGAAUCACAUAUACACACACUUCCAUCAUCAUCACAACAGAAACAUGUCGUAGAUCCAGACGAAAGGUAUUUAUUGUCAUGCUUGCCAGCAUUUAAGAGGCUUACACCACAACAAAAAGGACUUAUUCGUAUGGGAAUAGAAAGGCUUUUUUACGAAGUCGAAUUUCAAAAUGACGAUGAACCGAGGAACAAGAAGAUGCGAAAUAGUUAAGCUUAUGCUUACUUCCUGUAUACAAUUGACAUUUUAUUUUAAAUAUCAAGAUAUUUUUCAACUUC